GGAGAAACAGGAAGUGUCAUUUGUUUUUCACAGGAACGAAGAUUGAACGUUGCCCUAUAGUCGGAGUAUGAAAAAGGCAUCAGUUGGCAGCGAGAUGAAGAAGCAAAGGGAGAGCCAGUGCACUCAGAAGACCAUCUCAUUGCUGAGCCCCCUGGGGACGAUCCAAGUCAGUGGAUGUGAGAAUGGUGUGCACACCAUCCAGAUCCUAAUGGAUGUCGCACCUGCUGAAAGGAGCAGCGCGGCCCCCCUGAGCUGCGUGGUCACCGAUAGCCCAGCAGAAACGAGCCCCGAGAUGCAGCGCUGCGUUGAAUGGCUCCAGGCGUACUUCACCGAGCCGCAGACCGCUGGGAGUCUCCCGCUCCCUGCCUUUCACCACCCCGCCCUGCAAGGAGAUGCCUUCACCAGCCGCGUGCUGCAAGUACUUCUGAGGGACGUGAAGUUUGGAGAGACGGUCUCGUACAAGCGCCUCGCCGAGAUGGCGGGAAACCCCAGAGCGGUGCGGGCGGUGGGAGGGGCCAUGAGGAGGAAUCCGAGCGUCACACUUCUCCCUGCCCGUCUGUGCCAGGUUCCUCUACUCAUUCCUUGUCACCGAGUCAUUUCCAGCUCUGGACAGAGUGGGCCGUACAUGAGCGGCAGGGGCGACCAUCUCAAACAAUGGCUGCUCACCCAUGAGAGGCAGAGAGGGGAAGGCUGAAGCAUGACAGAGCCCGACUGUCCUUCAUUCAGUGUGCACACACGCACACCCACGCCAGCAUACCACACACGCACAGGGUUGUUUUAUUUUUUUUAUUUUUUUUUUUAAAACACAAAACAAGGCUAUAAAGUUAGGCAUCUUGGCACAAACUGUGGAACAACUGGAAUUACUUGGAAAACCUCACUAUAGUUCUUUCUUUUUUAAUUUUUUUUUAAUCUAAGAAUAGAGAUGCUGCAUUGUUAAUGCGAUACAGAAUUGUUGCAGAAUUAGAUUGUUGCAAAAAUAACUUAAACAGAGAACAGUAGGAAUUACAAACAUAUGCUCCCGUGGGUCCUCAUUGCGUUUGCCAGAUAGUGCUGGAAUGGUUUUUCUAAAGCAUUAUUAUUCCCUUAAAAAUAUGUCUCUUGCAUUGUUGUUGUUGUUGUUUCUUUUUUUUUCUUCCUUAGCAGAAUUAGUCUUUGUACCUCUCGUUGGUUUUUUAAUUUCCUGCCAAGUGAAAGCUUUGUUCGACAUCCAGUGAUAAAGGCUCAGAAUUUUAUGGCUACAAAGCUUUGUAGUGAAGCAUUUGUUUUGUCUUCAUUUAGAUCUCAUUGUUUGCUCUCGCCUUAUAAUCCACCUAGAGUGGAGAGAUGUCUCAUGUGUUAUAUAUACUGUACUCUUCCUCCGUUUCGACAUGUUUAAAUAAACACAUUUCAGAACGA